CAUGGCGGAUGACGAACAAGAAUGCUACAAUAAGCAAAAUCAGCCAGUUGGAAGUGAAAGCGAUGAUGAUAUCCCUCAGUUAUCGGCUCAUACUCUGGCAGCUUUGCAGGAAUUUUAUGCUAAAGAGAAACAAAGGCAGGAAUCAGAAGCAUCACAAGAAAAUCAGGAAAUAAGCGAGGACUGGCAAUUGAGUCAGUUUUGGUAUGACAACAGAACAGCCACAAUAUUGGCAGAAGAAGCUCUAAGAGCAUCACAAAAUGGCAGAAUAGCUUGCCUUUGUUCACCAACUUUGUACAAAAAACUACUUGAAAUCAAACCAGAGGGAUGUGAAGCAAAAGUCUUCGAAUAUGACAGAAGAUUCUCUGUAUUUGGUGAAGAUUUUGUUUUCUAUGACUACAAGAAGCCAUUGGACUUCCCUGCUUCAGUCACUGAGCACUCCUUUGAUAUAGUUGUGGCUGAUCCCCCUUUCCUCUCAGAAGAAUGCCUCAGAAAAACUGCAGAGACAAUAAAAUACCUUGGAAAAGAAAAAAUUAUCUUAUGCACUGGCCAAAUCAUGGAAGAUUUAGCUUUCAAGCUGCUCAGAGUAGAACCUUGCAAGUUCCAACCAACACAUGCCAGGAACCUCGCCAAUAAAUUUGCUUGUUUUUUAAAUUAUGAUAGUGAACUGGAUAAAUGAGAGGCAUUUCUUUUAGAAGAUCAACAGUUUGUGAAUUCUUCUACACAGCUUGAGGCCUCAAAUUCUCAAAUUCUAAUGCACAGUAAAGGCAUGUUAUUCAAUUUCUCAUCAUACUGAGCUAAAUCAUGUCAAUGGAUUUGCAGUGCUACAAUCUCAGUGGAAAGUGAAAACUGUUUAUGGUACAUACUUGCUAAAAACAGGGGAACACCAUUCUUGACAAUAAAAUACAAUAGUUCUUUCAUAAAAUUCCAGUCUUAUUAACAACAGAGAAAAAGUGCUCAUUUAGAAAUAAUCACCAUGUGUUAAGGCCAGGUUAAUAAUUUUAUGCAUAAAAAUGAAAUGUGUAGACACACCACCUUCACUGUCCAUUUGCAUUCAAUAAAUCCCACCAUCCCAGUAGUAUUUCUCCUGCAUUCUGGAUGACAACCUAAGAGAGAUUGCUAUAAAUCUGUUGCCAUAAAUUUUGCAGUCUUAUAAGUUACACCACUCACAAUCUAUUCUAUGAUGGAUAAUGAAUAAAAUGAGCGUUUCAGCACAUACCCAUUUGUAUCUUUAUUCAAUAAAAAUGUUGGCCUGUCUUGUGGUUACCAGUAAAUUUUGAACAAGAGAAAAUAGGAUUUUUUUUGCUCUUGGUUUUGAAUGACUAGUAGGUUUAUACUACCUGUUAAAACAAUUAAACUAUUGGCUGCUAAUUUUCAUAUGUAAUAGUGUGAGGGCUUCUCUCUCACAAGCUAUUAGAUUGAUGUUUCCAAUGUCUCUGUCACCUUCCUUAUGGGCAAUUCCACACUUGCCCCAGGGUUAACAAUGGGCCAAGUGUCUGUUGAGUAAAGCUAUCUUUGAUGCUUUAAGUAGAAAACUAAGAGACUUCAAAAAUAGCAAUCAUCUCUCAAGAGUUCAAUUUGAAUCUAUACCAUACUCCUUACACUAUCGAUACAAUAUCAAGCAGACAAGUGAUGGAAAUACAGAAAAAUAUCAAUUAGGGGAUUAUUAGUUGAUAAAACUAACAUAACAAAUGCAUGGCAAACAGUAAGGAGAAUUUCAAAUGAGAUCUUGAGAGUGAAAAGUUGGAUGGCUGCUAAUUUAUGCCAGGAAAUGUCUGUUCCUGUAAAUUGAUCUGCAAAGUUAACUGUACAGUCUAAAUAUUAUUAAGUUUGUAAAAGUUACAAUGUAUAAACAUUAUGAUAAUUACAUUUUUAAUAGCUUUGAUUAUAAAAAAAUAAUCAUUUAAU